CAAUAAAAUUCUCGCGGGAAGGCGGGCCGCGCCGCGCCGCUGGAUGGUGGCUCCAAGCGCGGCCUCGCUUUCUCGCAGAUUUUUGGGGCAGGAAUCUUGCAGAGGCUGAGCCCUUUCCUCGCCUCCCCCCCCACCCCACGCUCGCUGCCUCUGGAAGAUUGAUCCCGCUCCUGCUCUCAGAUCGUUAGCUACGCAAAUCCACUCUUUUUUUUUCCCCCUUUCUUUCCCUCAAAUAAUAAACUCUGUAGUGCUGUGAAUUUUUCCAGGGCUUUGGGGGUCAUAACAAACGAUCAGAGCAGGACGGUAACAGUUCUGAAGGUCACAGUCACUCAGAGCAGUUUCAUUUCGAGUUUUAUUCAUCUUCCUCUUCAACCGAACGUUUAUUCCCACUCGGUUUUGUGCACUGGCAAUAAAACAGAAUUUACAGUGCCUCCAUUGUUGGACAUCACUGGAAAUAGGGUUUUACUUUGUUCCCAGCCAGUGAAACUGGAAGCGGAAGAGCUUUGGAAGGGCUGAAAAGGAUAAAAUAAAUAACAACAAUACCUCAGCAGCUCAGAGCACCGAUUUAAUGGUUUUUACAUAUGCCAUUAGGUUGGACGUGAUAUUUACUGGGCUCUGUCCCUGCCAACACACAGUGGUACUGUAGAGGUUAACGUGAAGGGCAACAAAACCUCCAGCUCAUUUUUUGAAAUUCAGCCUGAUGGCAAGCACUUGCCCCCAUAGAUUUGGGCAUGUGAGCUUCGAAUUCUGCCCCAAGUUUAAGAUUAAAGCCACUGGAUUUCUCCUAGCAGUGUUGCCUUUCCGGGUUCUAUUGGAUAAAUUCCACUUCAGAACUCCUUAGGGAGUUCUGGUGGGACUGCUGAACAACUGACAUGUUCCCUCAGAGGUGUUCAUGCUCUUUUUUUCUUAAUUUUUCAAGUUAUUUCUGAACGGAGGGUCUGUAAAAUCACAGUCCCAUGGAACACCUUCAGAGAACUUCCCCUAUAGCUGUCCUUGGUCUUUUGGGAAGUGCCAAUUCAAAGAUGGUUCACGCUAUAAACCUGGCCAUGUGAAUGAAAAGCUGAGUGGCUUUUCUGUUCAUAAAAAUGAAAAUUUAAGUGGUCUGCAUCUUGGUAUCAAUUUUAAGUAUUGUAUCCUUUAAUAAAAACCUAAACAUCUCCAAUUUAUGCCAAGCUUUCUGCCCAGCAGCUCAUUUCCCUGCAGCACUAACAGUCCCAUGCAGAAAAAAAAUGUUACUUUUCAUGGCUAAGUUGCUCUUGAAACCUUAGUUUGAGCAGAAAACUCAUUGGUAAUUAACUGUCGUGGGCCUAAUUUUCUGUUGUGGGUUUGUUACUGGGAGAAUUGGGCUGAGCAUUUGUCCUUCUACCUCUGAUCACGAGGGAAGGGUCAGCUCUGCUCACUGCCUUGGUCUCCAUGGCUUCAUACUGCUGCACAUCUGUAUUUCAGAUUAGAAAAGGUAAAAUCCUCUGUGAACAACCAAGACAUUCCAGUGUUUUUUACUAUACUAUUAAACAAAGGGAAAAAUCAGAAAUGAAGGCAUCCUUGAAGGUAUUUGAGAUUAAAAAAAAAAAAAAAAAAAGGAUUAAUACCUUUAUUAUAAAGUGGCCCCAAGUGAAAUGUUGUGUUUGUUUAAUGUGCACUGUGGCAGAUGGGCUCGGGCUGCAGGGGAGAUGCCAAUAGCACAGCAAUCUGUAAUUAGGGAAGAUGUAGACUUGGUUCACAAACUUGCUCCCUGUGCUGUCAGAACAUUAUCUAACAUCUACUUUCUGUGUUUGAGGGGAGUUUUUGCUGUUAUGCAAGCACAGGAGGGUUAGCUGUCCUCUGGCUGCAAAUUGCUUCUAUCCCGGCCUUCCUCCCUCUCUUCAUCCUCUUUUUGUUGUUAUUUUUCCCCCAUUGUUAUUUUAUCUGAAGUCAAAACACCUCAAGAGUCAGGGUUUGGAUGUUUCUUGUUACAAUUGUGGCAGAAGGGAUUUUUCAUUUUGGUAACUUGCUUGUCUAACUGGUCUUGGGAUAAGAAUACACUGAGUUACUGUCCUUUAAAAAUGGCUUUUUCCCAUCAAAAAGCUAAAACUGAAACCACCCCAUGGUUCAGCCUCAAAAGCAAACAACACAAACUUCUUGCCUUCAUUUAUUUCCUUUCUUCCUUGAUAACCCUUUCUUGAGAGCCUAACAAUUCUUGAGGAUGGUGAACAUCCCAUUCAGGUGAAAGGAAAGGGGAACGUGCAAUGCCAAGGUGCUGGAAUUUCAGGGCAGUGACUGUUCUGGACACAUGUGUCAGUCCCAGCUUUUCUAGUUGGUUCUGACAUCUUUGUGUGAGUUUUAGUGCAACUGUGCUAAACUGCUGAGCAGCGUGACUGGUUAACCUGCAGACCUCUUAUCACUGUAAAUACAUUUAGGGUGGUGUUAUACCCCUGGUUUUGAGUAACUUUUAAUUUAACAACUGAUUCAUGGCAAUGUCUGUGAAGGUUCUUCAAUGACUAAGCCCAUCAACAGGUUCCAGGUGUGCACGGGGCCACACUCGAGGUUGUUACAUAUCCACAUGCUGCAGAAGCUGUCACCCUGUGUGGAGACAGGAAUUGACAUUAUUGAUGUCAGUAUCGGGGGAAAAAAACUACAGAAAAUAAAGCUGCAGGACUUCUUGCAUAAUCCUUAUUUGACAUCUUCGAUUCAUUUGACUUUAGAGAGCCAAACACUGCAUUGGAAUAAAUCUUUGCACUUCAGAUUUCUCCCUUAGAAGAAAAGCUUUGCCAGCUCAGUGCACUAAAGUUCUUUAGAGUACCCUGUAAAUUUGUUUUCCAAGCUGCAACAAUGUCAGUCAGUGCUCUAGAAACAUCCAUUCACACUCUUAAAAUUCAAGUCUUUGUAGCUGCAUUUCUGCUCCAGACAUUAAUUGCAGUGUGUGUCUGCAUUUGUUUCUUAGUUUCAAAGUGAAGAUGCUGCUGGAGAGAAAAUUGGAGACUUUCUUUCCCAUCCAGGAACGACUUUGUUUCCCUUGCAUUAAUUGGGAAAAUACAAAUGCGUGACCUUGUUUUGCUUAUACAAACACUCUACUUGGCAUGUAAACAUUAAGGAGGGAGGUGAGGGAUGCUGAGGAAAUACUCAUAAAAAUAGAAAAAAAAAUGUGCAAGUUGCUGCUGGGAAAAAACAUUUAUAGUGCAGCUUUUGGGCCCUGAUGGAGACUUUGCCUCUUGGUGUGUAACUCUUGGACCCAAGGGGUUUAAUUGCUGAGUUUAAUUGCCCAGUCCUUACUUUGUCCUGAGUUUGUGACUUUGCCACCCCAAAGCAAAGGGUUUCCAGCUUGGAUUUGCCAGGCUAUCCUGCCUUCACCCAGGUUUACCUUUAACCACAUAUCUGCAAUGUAAAAUGAUUUUUUUUUUAAUUUUGUCGUAUUUACCCUAAUGGAAAUUGGGCUUUAGGUAGCAGUGCCAAAUUGCUACUGAGCCUUCCUAGAUUCCCCCACCUCCAUUUCUUUGUGUUACUCUCCUGUUCCAAAUUAUGUUAAACAUCUGGCAAAACCCAUCUACCUUCUGCUUUUGUAAAAGUCCUGAGGUUUGUUUUUUUUUCAUAUGUUGCAUCAAAGAUGUGUCAAAUGAUAGUUUGAACUUGAGUCUUCACUUACUGGAAUAUGAAACUCAAGUUGAUGGCCUUGGUUUUAGCAGAAGAUACAGAUUUGGCUAAAUUGUUGCAUUUGUAGGAUUGGUAAAUAUAUUUCUUUUUUCAUCUUGGUGGAUAUGUUUUGUUGGUUUUUAUCCAAUGGUUUGUGAUUAACAGUUGUAGCUGGAAAACAAGAGGUUAGAUCUAUAAAGAGACCUGAUAGAUCAGAGAAUUUCUGCUUUAAUUCUUGGCUAAUGUAGAGGUUGGGACUUCUUACUGAUGUGGAUGUGCACAAUCAGUUUGUUUCUUGAAGAAAUGUGGGCAGUAAUUUUGGAAAUGUGGUAAGAGAUGGAAAAUCUGGAACACUUGAGUUCAUGCUUAGAGGGAAUACUCCAAACUUUCUGCCCAGUCUUGCAACCCAGUUAUUUCAGGUCUAAGAAUACUUUGUCACUAGAAAUGGGAGUGGUUUCUCUUGCAAAGACACGAAACUCUUUCACUUUUGAUCUAUGCAUGAUGGAGGAAGGAGGAUCUUAUAAAAUCACUGAGAGCAGCAGAUGGAAUUGAUAAAAUUGUUUGACUUUGACCAAGUUCUCUGAGUGACCAUGAUUGUCACAUUUUUGAUUGUAGUAGAAGGACAAAUCAAACUCGGCUGUCCCUUAUGUGGGGGGUUCCACGUCUGGUGGAAUGACUUCUGGAAAGAGGAGAGUCUGAAUAUUGUGCAAAAAUGCUGUUCCAGGUUCACAAAGCUUCAGUUCUCUUGGAGGCCAUUUAACAAAUGUCAGAUUUGGUAAAUGGUGAGAUUUGCUCCAGAGCAAACCUGAUAUUGUGAAGCUGCCCUGUGGAAAGUUAAGGUUGAUGGGUAGUUAAAUAAAGGUUAUUUGCAUUAGAGCUUUUUUUAGUGAGAUUAGCACUCUGCAAUAUCCUGAAAAUGCCUGCUGGGCACCCCAAAUCUGCAGUUCUGCCAUCAGUCAAUGCCCCCAGCAUGUGUGAUGCUCUGAGACCACAGUUCUGUUGCAGAAGCUUGUUGGAAAUGAGUCAGGUGAUAGUUUAGUGGUUUUUCAUUUUUUCCUCAUUAAGGCUUUUCAUGGCUCUCUGAUGGCUUUGCUUAUUUCGGCAGAAUUUAUUGAAGGGUUAUUUAUGUUCACUGAGAGAAGUUCCUUUGAUUUUUUGACUACCCUGUGAGCUGUCUUUUAUAAGGGCCUGUUAUUUUGAGGGGUAGGUUGUAUUCAGCCCCAGCUUGGUGUUUUUAAAAGCAUUUGAAUGCAGUUGGCAUCUGAUGAAGGUGCUCAGGAGCUCUGAGCAACCUGGUCUAGAGGAAGGAUCCAUCCCAUGGGAUGAGGAUGGAUCUUUAAGGUCCUUUCCAACCCCAACCAUUCCAUGAUUUUGUGACAUCCAGCUGGAUCUAGAUUUUAGUGUUGUUUAGAUAACACCAGACAUAAUUCUUCAGUUGUCUUUAUUGAAAUAGUUGUGUGUCAGUAAGGUGAGUCUAUUUUAAAAACUGAGUUUAUUUUAAUAGAACAGAAGAUUUAUUUUUGCCUCACAUUACAGUGAGCACUCCUCAAGUCAUAACACAAAUCUAAAUCACUAUGAGGAGCAUUUGAAACUAGGACUUCUUGGUACAGGGGAGGAACUUAGAAUUAAGACACUCCAGUGGAGCUGUUGGACACUUUUUUAACUGCAGGGAUGUUUUGGGGCUCAGGUGCCUGGGGUGGAGGGCACAGACUGACCCUGCUCAGUGUUCAGGGUGUUCUGAGCAUCCCCAGUGUCCCGAGUGCUCCACAGUGACAGAUUGGCAUUAGGAGGAGCCGGUGUUUUUGGGGGAAUGGGCAGAAUGAUUUGGUUUGCAGGGUUGUGAGAGCAAUUAGAAAUGAGCUCUGGAGGCAGAGCCUCACAGUCAGGGCUCCUCUGUGGCCUGGGGCAGGGUCAGUUGUUUGGGUGGCCCAAAUGUGACACGGUGACAACAUUUGGAGCCUCCUGGCUCAAGGAAGGGACCCUCUGCUGUGUAGGGCUUGAGCCUGAUGUGGGUCCUGGUUUUGUGUGCCAUAAAGUUUUAGAAUUUGCUUUAAUUGCAGGAUUGUUCUUUUAUUCUUACUCUGAUUUUAUAAGCUUAGUAUUUUCUUCAUUUUGUCCUUUAAUUUAUCCCAGGUAGCCCUCAACCUGCUGAUGGCACUUGGUAGCUCAGCAGGUUGGAGCUAAACCCGGUGGUUUAUGUCAGGCUCUGCCCUCUGGAAAUGCUGUUUUUCCCAACCCCAUUCUCAAGUCUAAAUUAAGAUGGAAUUUGGAAUUCCUGCUUGGUAGGAAAUAACAGCAGUUUCAGCAGUUCUUUAAUCAUAUCCCAUGUGUGUUUUUAAUUCCAGAGGCCGCAGCAGUGGCAAAGGACCACCCCAGCCUACGAUUUCUUUUGAUGGCAUCUAUGCAAACAUGAGAAUGGUUCACAUACUCACAUCAGUUGUUGGAUCCAAAUGUGAAGUACAAGUGAAAAAUGGUGGUAUAUAUGAAGGAGUUUUUAAAACCUACAGUCCUAAGUGUGAUUUAGUGGUUGAUGCUGCUCAUCGGAAAACUGCAGAAUCCAGUUUGGGGCCAAAACGAGAGGAUAUCCUGGAGAGUAUCUUGUUCAAAUCUUCAGACUUUGUUAUGGUGCAUUUUAAGGAUAUGGAUACCAAUUAUGCCAGAAGAGAUGCUUUUACUGAUUCAGCCAUCAGUGCUAAAGUUAAUGGAGAGCACAAGGAAAAGGAUCUGGAGCCAUGGGAUGGAGGAGAGAACACAGCUUCUGAGGAGCUGGAGGCACUGGAGACAGAUGUUUCUAAUGGAUGGGAUCCCAAUGACAUGUUUCGUUACAAUGAAGAAAAUUAUGGUGUAGUGUCAACUUAUGACAGCAGUUUAUCUUCUUAUACGGUGCCAUUAGAAAGAGAUAAUUCAGAAGAGUUUUUAAAACGGGAAGCCAGAGCAACUCAAUUAGCAGAGGAAAUUGAAUCAAGUGCCCAAUACAAAGCUCGGGUUGCCUUGGAAAAUGAUGAAAGGACAGAAGAAGAAAAAUAUACUGCUGUUCAGAGAAAUGCUAAUGAAAGAGAAGGACAUGGUGUGAACACUAGAGAAAAUAAAUACAUUCCACCUGGACAGAGGAACAGAGAUGUCCUGUCCUGGGGAAGUGGAAGACAAAAUUCACCGAGGAUGGGCCAGUCUGGAUCAGGCCCACCAAUCUCAAGGUCUGGAUCCCACACUUCAGAAUUCAGCCCUAACUCUGGAGCAGAUCAGAGAGUAGUUAACGGAGGUGUUCCCUGGCCAUCGCCUUGCCCAUCUCCUUCCUCUCGCCCACCUUCUCGCUACCAGUCAGGUCCCAACUCUCUUCCACCUCGGGCAGCCACCCCUACACGGCCGCCCUCCAGGCCCCCCUCGCGGCCCUCCAGGCCCCCGUCUCACCCCUCUGCUCAUGGUUCUCCAGCUCCUGUCUCUACUAUGCCUAAACGCAUGUCUUCAGAAGGGCCUCCACGGAUGUCUCCAAAGGCUCAACGGCACCCUCGAGGUCACAGAGUCUCUACUGGUAGGGGUACAAUUUCAAGUGGCUUAGAAUUUGUAUCUCAUAAUGCACCUGGGGAAGCAUCUACUGCUGCAGUGGCACGAGGCAGCCCUUCAGGUGGGACGUGGUCAUCAGUUGUCAGUGGGGUUCCGAGAUUAUCCCCUAAAACACACAGGCCUAGGUCUCCAAGGCAGAGCAGCACUCCCAUGGGACCAGCUCUGCCUUCUCCUCAGCCUGGUACAAUUCCCACUGAAUCUGUUGCCAUGCCUGUUCCAGCUGCCUCUCCUACACCUGCCAGCCCUGCAUCCAACAGAGCAGUCACCCCUUCCAAUGAAGCUAAAGAUACCAGGCUUCAAGACCAGAGGCAAAAUUCUGCAGCUGGAAACAAGGAGAAUAUAAAGCCAAGUGAGACUUCUCCUAGUUUUUCUAAACCUGAAAACAAAGGUGUCUCUCCAAUUGUUUCAGAGCAUAGAAAACAGAUUGAUGAUUUAAAGAAAUUUAAGAAUGACUUUAGGUUACAGUCCAGUUCCUCUUCAGAUGCAGUGGAUCAGCUGCUAAACAAAACCCGAGAAGGUGAAAAAUCAAGAGAUGUAGUUAAAGAAAAGACAGAAUCCACCCCUAAAGAAUCUAUCAUAGAAGCUGGCAGUAACACCAACUCCAAUGGUGGCAGUAGCAAACCCAACAGUCCCAGUAUUUCUCCUUCCAUGAGUAACAGCUCUGAGCAAAAGCGAGGCCCUGAGGUGACCUCCCAAGGUGUGCAGACAUCUGGGCCUGGAAGUAAACAAGACAAAGAGGAUAAAGAGGAGAAGAAGGAUACUUCUGAGCAAGUUAGAAAAUCAACACUUAAUCCUAAUGCUAAAGAAUUCAACCCCCGAUCUUUUGCUCAACCGAAACCUUCUACUACACCAACCUCCCCUCGUCCUCAAGCUCAGCCCAGCCCCUCCAUGGUGGGGCAUCAGCAGCCAACCCCCGUGUACACUCAGCCUGUUUGUUUUGCACCAAAUAUGAUGUACCCGGUUCCAGUGAGUCCAGGCGUGCAGCCUUUGUAUCCUAUUCCCAUGACGCCCAUGCCAGUGAACCAAGCCAAGACAUAUAGAGCAGGUAAAGUACCAAAUAUGCCCCAGCAGCGGCAAGACCAACACCACCAGAGCACCAUGAUGCAUCCUGCCUCAGCAGCAGGCCCUCCAAUUGUAGCUACUCCACCUGCUUACUCUACACAAUAUGUUGCAUAUAGCCCCCAACAGUUUCCUAAUCAGCCUCUUGUGCAGCAUGUGCCACACUACCAAUCUCAGCAUCCUCAUGUUUAUAGCCCUGUAAUACAGGGCAACGCUAGGAUGAUGGCCCCACCAGCACACGCACAGCCGGGUUUAGUAUCUUCCUCUGCAACACAGUACGGUGCGCAUGAACAGACACAUGCUAUGUAUGUUUCCACUGGCUCACUUGCUCAGCAGUAUGCCCACCCUAAUGCUACCCUGCACCCGCAUCCUCCUCAUCCUCAGCCUUCUGCCACCCCAACUGGCCAGCAGCAAAGCCAACAUGCUGGAAGCCACCCUGCUCCAAGCCCCGUGCAGCACCACCAGCACCAGGCUGCCCAGGCCCUGCACCUGGCCAACCCCCAGCAGCAGUCGGCGAUUUACCACGCAGGUUUAGCUCCAACCCCUCCUUCCAUGACGCCAGGCUCCAACACGCAGUCUCCACAAAACAAUUUUCCUACAGCACAACAAACAGUCUUCACCAUUCAUCCCUCCCAUGUUCAACCUGCAUAUACCAAUCCGCCACACAUGGCCCAUGUCCCCCAGGCUCAUGUACAGUCAGGAAUGGUUCCUUCUCACCCAACUGCCCAUGCUCCAAUGAUGCUAAUGACGACACAGCCUCCCGGUGGUCCCCAAGCCGCCCUCGCUCAAAGUGCACUACAGCCCAUUCCAGUCUCGACAACAACACAUUUCCCCUAUAUGACCCACCCUUCAGUACAAGCCCACCACCAACAGCAGUUGUAAGGCUCAUCUGGAAUAACUGAAAGGCUGGAUACCUUUUGUAGGCCAAAUACCCUCCUUCUACUGCUUCUGCCAACUGGAAGCACAGAAAACUAGAAUUUCAUUUUAUUUUGUUUAAAAAAAAAAAAAAAAUUUGAUUUCUUGUAACAUCCACUAGGAAUGCUAACAGUUCAUCUUGCAGUGGGAGAGAUUCGGACUGAGUAGAGGCAUUUAGGAACUUGUGGGCUAUUCCAUAAUUCCAUGCACUGUAUCUGAGUCCUGCAAGUGCCCCAACUCUGCUUGCUGAAAACUGGAAGUUAUUUAUUUUUUAAUGACCCUUCAAAGUUAUGAACUCGUCAGCUAGCAAAAGAAGUAACAAGAGUGAUUCUUGCUGCUAUUAUCACUAAAAAUCAAGACUUGGAGAUCCCUUUUACUUCUAACUAAACUUGAAACAGGUUCAGUAAAAAAAAAAAAAAAUUCUAAUCGUCAAACGGAUGAGUUAUUAUUUAUAAAUCACGUUUGAUGAGAUAAUCACUAUCGUGAGACAGUGAUGUAACUUUUAAGUUAAGAAAACUUUUACUUUGUAGAUAAUAUAAAAUAAAAACUUAAAAAAAAAAUUAAAAAAUAAAAAAAGUUUUAAAAACUGA